UAGGUCACAGACCAAACUUCUGGGCGCUCAAUGAAUGCGCUCAAGGCGGUGGACGGCUCCGAUGGUCUGGGAGCCAACGGCGGGGAUUGUCGUGUGGAGUAGUGUGAGUUCUUUAGCUUAGGUUAUUCUCGGCGCGCUUUGCUUGGCGCUCGCUCGCUCGCUCCAUCGAUCCGAUCGAAAUGACGUCGACACCGGGGCCUGCGCAGAUCCUGUCCGAGUUCCUGAUGGAGAACGCGAGCAACAUCGGAAUCACAGCUCUCGCCUUCGCAUGCGUCCAGCACUACAUCCCCGUUGUCAAGGCGCUGGCGAUCUUCGGUAUGCUCUGUGGAUUUCGCCUCCUCUACGCGCUUUCCAUUGGGAUUUGGGCCGCAUUCCUCCGGCCUGCCAAGAAUGUCAGGGAUUACGGCGCCUGGGCGCUGGUCACGGGCUGCACGGAUGGAAUCGGCAAGGCGCUGUGCCACCAGUUCGCGCAGCGCGGCCUCAAUCUGGUGCUCGUCGGCCGCUCGGAAUCCAAGCUCCGCGACAUGAUCCAGGAAUUCCAGGCGCUGUACAAGGGCGUGGAUUAUCUCCCCGUGGUGGUCGAUCUCUGCGGGCCGGAUCUCCGGGCCGAGGUGUCGAGGGUCGAGCGGGCGAUCGAGGGGCUAGAGGUGGGAAUGCUGGUGAACAACGCGGGUAUGUCGUAUCCUUACGCGCGAUUCUUUCACGAGGUGGACGACGAGCUCCUCACCAAUCUCCUCCGGAUCAACGUGGAGGCGAUGACGAGAAUGGUUCACAUGGUUCUCCCGGGGAUGCUCAAACGGAGGAAAGGAUGUAUCAUCAAUAUGGGCUCCGGGGCAGCGUCCAUUCUCUCCUCGGAUCCAUUAUACUCGCUCUACGCGGCGACCAAAGGAUUCGUCGACCAAUUCUCGAAGUCACUGAAUGUCGAGUACCGGGAUGUAGGAAUCGACAUCCAAUGCCAGGUUCCUCUAUAUGUCGCCACGAAAAUGACGCGAGUACGAAAGCCUUCCCUUGCUUGUCCCUCGCCGGAUACUUACGCGCAGUGCGCGAUGCGAUGGAUCGGCUACGAGGCCCGCGUCACUCCCUACUUCCUCCACUCGCUGCUGUGGUUCAUAAGGGGAUUGUUCCGGGAGCACACUCUCGAUGCCAAUCGCUUGAAGACAAGCUUGAACAUUCGCAAGAGAGGGAUCGCUCGCGAUGCCCAGAAGAAGCAAGAGGAGGAAGCCACGAAGAUCUGAUCUAUACAACACUGGAAGAGGAAGAAGAAACGAUUGACUAUGUCUGUGAGAAUAUUUUUUUAAGGGUCUUCUAAGGGCUUUUUUUUUUAA